AAUUUAUUGAUAUUCACCGAGAACUAGAUGGCAGAUGGUGGGCGUAAGAGAGGCGACCGCCCGAAAUAUCGAAGGAGCGACUCGAAACGCUCUAGAAGCAGCAAGACGAAAAUCAGACUAGAAGUGGAUACAUCUGGCGGUGACUGUGAAUCAUCUGACGAUGUAGUAAGGCAAUUUUUACGACGUUCUUGGUCGAUCGCGAGAAGCGCAACUGUAACCAGCAGACCUACAGACAGCGAUAGACAUAAAGACGACAACUCAAGAUCUGCGGAUGAUUUUAUUGGUUCUCUAAGAACGGAAAAUAGAAGUAGAGACGAUGAAGAGCAGUAUGAUUUCAAAAAUGGCGCCAGCAGUUCUCUUGUCGAAGAUGGCUCGAUCACCGAUUUACUAGAUGAAAUAACUGUGGUGUCAUCUGAAGUAGAGAGCUCUCAAGAGGCUGUAACGUCUGCUCACGAGUCAAUUCGUAUGAACGUUUUUCAAAGUAGUGCCAAUGAUGCACUUGCCAUUCCCUCCACACCUCGAACUCCUCGACUAGUCCAGCGGCCUGCUGGACUCAACAACUCGCUUGAACGUGUUCCAUCUCUUAUCUUUCGUUAUGACCCAGAGAGAAUAUCAUUGGCAUCUAGUAGGCGAUCUGAAGACAGGCCUUCUGCUUUGAGAGAAACAGCCAUCAUGGGGACUGCUGAUGACACUGCUAUGGACACUACUGCUGUGGACACUACUACUGUAGGUGCAGGUUGUAUUGAUGCUGCUGUUCACUUGCGUGAGCAUGAUGGAGACAAAAAUAAAAAGAAACGAAAGUUCAGAUUUAGAAAAAGCUUGAAAAAGAUUCGCAAAAGCCUUGUCAGACAACCAUCACAAGAUGGAGGAGAGAGAGCUAAUUGGUCUGAUCUACAAAACGAUAAUCUAGAAACAAGAUAUGGACAUGAUAUUGAAGGGGGUGAAGAAGAAGAAAUAACAGGUUCACAGUCAUCUCAAGACUCAGUUGGUGUACGCAAAAAGAAACCAGGAAUGAUGCAGCGGUUGUCAGCUUGGUUUACUGGAAAGAAGGAAUCAGCUAUUGUACCUGUUGCACAGCAACAAACAGAUUUUGAAGAGUCGAUGUUUCAAAGAAAAGCUAGCUAUCACAAGGCAAUAAACACUGGUAGAUGGUCUGGUGUUUACGUUAGUGGAUCUUCAACUGAUGACGAGGCAAGUGAAGAUGAUGGGCAUGAGGAAUUUUCACAAGAGAUAAUAGCAGACUCAGGCCCACCAAACCAAGAGGAGCUAGAAGAAGACAGAGAAAGAGUUGUUGAUAAAUUGGAAGAGAUUGGGUGCCAUAUUGAAGAACAGUUCCGAGAUCAGUUAAUCGAUGCAGUUAAGAAACUGGACAUCAGUGCUGCUUUGCAGUAUCCAAGGUUCUCCAAUGUAGUGGGAGCUCUAGUUGAAGGAGGAAAGAUGACAAAGGCUGGUGUCAUGAAAUUGCUUGUGUUUGGUCGGCAGUUGGUAACUGGAGUGCCUCAGGAAUUAGUAUCAAUGAUUGAGCAAUACACUUCUCAGGCAGUGGAAGAGUAUGCCUCGGACUACAUCAGAACUAGUGGUGGCUGGGGUGCUAUUGCUGACAACUAGACUGUUUCAAGCUUUCAGAUAAGGUAAAGAACUCUACUUAAAUAUGCAAUUGCAUACUUGGACCUUGAAGGGAACUUCUUCUGUGAAUGAGGUUAUCCUUCCCUUGCCUUUUUUACAGUUUGAUUCUAAUGUAAAGAAGCACUGUCAGAUUUUAAAAGUUUAAUUAAUAAAUUGUUAUGACGCCUGUCAACUUGUUAGUUCGAGUUACCCAGAUAUAUACACGGCUCUGAAGUUACGUAC